AUGUGGCAGGUUAUUGACCAGGAAUGCAUGUCAACACCGAGGUGGAAAAUGGAAUUUCAUCUAAUCCCUCCUUUUUUUAAAUAAAAGCUUAAGCCUAAGCCCCGAUUCCAAAGGCCUCUGGAACAAAAGCUUCGACUACACGGAAGCAACAACUCAGUCAUUCUCUUCUCCAACCAUUACAAACACUCAAGUCAUAUCGCAUUCAGGAACACGAGUUGGUUUUUGGCGACAAUUGGGAUGGACGGAUAUAACAGCAAAAACCGCGGGAAGCAGCUUCAAAAAGUUUGAGAUGCAGGGACUAAGUUCAAAAUUAGAUUCCCCCCUCGAGGGAGCCAGAAUGACCAAACGGGAAAAGGUAAUCAUCGGUGAGGCUGAGCACUCAGGAGUCAGCUUCCGCUGCUCGAGAUCUCAAUUGUAAGAGCCUAUUCUUCUCUUCUAUUGUCCUGAAGAAUCCCGUUCCCUUCAUCACUGCUCUGCUCUGAUCAAGUAUGAAUCACAUUCAUCCUCGCCCUCAUCCAGUACUACCCACUUCUACAUCAGGUUACGCUUCCCCACUCUGAAUCGGCUGAAUUCAUUGACGCGCUAAUCCAUAGGAGGAAGGUGCUUGUUCAUACACCUCGUCGUCAAUGCCAUGGCGGCCAUUUUGUAUAAUUUGCUUUCGUCUUUGGGUUUGGUGUCGCUCGGUCUCUACCAUCUUAUCUCCGCCACCUUCUCUCACCUCAAAUCUCCUCAUUCCUACUCUGCCAAACCCCUCCACCCCUUCCCUCCAUCUUCCUCCCCCUCUCCCCACCACCACCGUCUUCGGCAUAUUCCUCUCUACCUCAUCAUCGUCGCCCUUCUCGUUGCGUUCAUUCAUCAACUCAUCGUUUCCUCUGAGACUGACCCUCUCGUCAAAGGCCACACCCCGGUUCACCGCUUCGUCUCUCUCCAAUUCGCCGCCGUUAUUUUCCUCUUUAUCAUCCUCGCUUUCUGUCUUCUCCUUUCCGAAUUGUCUUUCCUUCCCUUCUCCGACGAUUUCAUUUUCGCUCUCUCUUCUGUUCUUUUCUUCUUACAAUACUCCGUUGCUGCCGCCACUGCCGCCGUCCAGGUUUCUGAUCUCGAGGCCAAAUGCGACUCCGUUUCUGCCAGGAUUUCUGCGUUCGCUGCGCUAACGUGUCUAGUUCUCGCUUUUCAGCCCAAGCUCUUCGCCGCGGAUGUGGGCUUGGGAGCUGCUAUCUUCUUGCGGGGUCUCUGGGUUUUUCAGACCGGGUUGUCUCUUUACGUUGAUGCUUUUAUCCCUGAAGGGUGUCAUCGUUUACUUGAUGUGGUUGAUGGGGUUGAGGGAUCGACCAAGUGUGAACUCGACGAAUCCAAGUUAAGAGCUGUUGCUGUUCUGGAUCUUAUUUUUUUGAUCCACGUGAUGCUCGUGGUGUUCAUUGUCAUGAUCACUUAUGCCAGCAUUGCGAAAUUUGUAGGCAUCAGAAGAUUUGGCUCUUAUGACAGCUUGCCUAACCCUUCUCAUUCAGAAAAUAGUAGCAUAAUCCAGAUGAAAGCAUUGACUGGCACGCAGGCUUGAAUCUUUGCCUACCUUUUUCUUUUUCAAUUAUUAGCUUUACUUUUUCGCUUCUGUAAAAUGAUUGUUGUGUUAGGUAAUUAUUUUGGAGCGAAGUUACAAUAUAUGCAUUCAUGAAUCCUGUAGUCUGGUUAAAACAAAGGGAUUUUGUGUAUACAACAGAAGCCUAUAUAUUGAGAUCGGUUAGUUGUUUCGUUGUC